UUUGUAGGAGGGAUUGCCAUGCCACAGUGUUCCUAUCUCUCAUAAUUCAUACACUUACAUAUAAGCUACUUUAUUAAUCGAUUCCUUGAUACAUGCGUUGUUAAUAUUCACAGCGAUAUGUCGAAUAUCCAUACAUUUCAGACGAAGUUAGCUUCUAUUUUGGAUAAAAUGACUAAAUCGGCUGUGACAGAAUUUAAUAAACUUGUUGGUGAAUGUUCUCCUCAGUCUGACGAUACCGACUUCAGUUCGGAAAUGUUGAUCCCACCUGAAAACGAAUCGCCAAAGACAGCUUUGGAGAGCGAGUUUCUAACGUUGGUGAUGGGGAUCCUGACAAAAGAGGCCCAGGAACAGAUCGGCAAACUUGUGGAGGAGGGCUGUGCUGUGUUGCACCUGGAGAAGGCCCAGACUCAGGGGGAGAACAGGGCUCUGAAGAGGAGGCUGCAGCUGAUGGAGAGCCAGCUGAGGACAGUGAGAGGGGGCACGGAGGGGGCCGUGCUGGAGAGCCCAGCAGGGAGACCCAGCUGCUCUGUGGGAGUUCAGGUCGGCCAUGACUGCGGAGGAGAGAAAAUUGACGUGGAAGAGUUCUGUGCUGAGGGGGGUCUCACCGAUGAGGGUCAGCACUGUGAGGAGGACCACGUACCACAGCCCAGACCAGCAGAAUCAAACUCUGACAUUACCCAUACAAAUGGAUACACUUUGAGUGGAGAUGCAGUGGAGUUGAGUGCCGGUGCCAGAGCCCGAAUCCUCAUCGAUCACCAGUACUGCGCAGAAGUAGAAGAAAAGAAAAAGCAGGAGAAAAAGGUUGCUCGGAAGGUGCCGGACAGAGGGCAGAAAGCGGUCAGCCGAACUCGCAGUGGGAGGGUCUUCGGCUCCAAGCGUAAUCUCAAUGCACAGCGUAAUCUGAAUACAAAGCGUGAUCUCAAUACACGCCAGAGAACUGCGCACAAAGGAGAAAAACGAUACGGCUGUACACUUUGUGGCAAGUUUUUCCUAAAACAGAGUCACGUCAGAGCGCACCAGAUUGUCUCCAGAGAUGGGAAGCCAUUUUGUUGCACACUGUGUGGGAAGGAGUUCACUGUCAAGUGCACUUUGAAGUUGCACCAAAGAACAGAACACGCCGGAGAGAAACUGUACCCUUGUACGCACUGCGAGAAGGCGUUUAGCACACCGGGACAGCUCGAAAUACACCAGGUCGUUCACACAGGUGUCAAGCAGUUUUGUUGCACGGAGUGUGGAAAGGGCUUUACUGUGAAAGGUAGCCUCAUUAAACACCGGCUCACCGUUCACGAGGGAGAGAAGCCGUAUCCGUGUGACGUGUGUGGGAGGGUUUUCAGUCAGAGAAGCGGUCUUAAAGGACACAUGAGAACACACACGGGGGAAAAGCCCUUCAAAUGCGUCGAAUGUGGAAAGCGCUUCCGGUGCAGCAACUCAUACAAAAAACACAAGGUAGUCCACACCAGAGAGAAAGCCUUUUGCUGUGAGAUAUGUGGGAACUGUUUCACUACUUCAAACAAUCUUAAGAGGCAUUGGCUAAUACACACUGGAGAGAAACCGUUUAAUUGUACAGUGUGCGGGAAAAGUUAUACUCAGUCUAGUCAUCUAAAGGCGCACCAGAAAAUACACUCGGGAGGAAUCGCUUCCGCGAGAUCCCAUCGAGUACAUAAAAAGAUUUGCACAGAGAAGAAAUCGCACCGUUGUGACGAGUGUGGAAAGACUUUUAUGUGGCAAAGUAGCCUCCACUUGCACCAGCGUACUCACACGGGCGAGAAACCGUACAGUUGUGACACGUGUGGCAUGAGUUUCACCGUUGCGCCGAAUCUUGCUCGACAUCAGCGAAUACACACGGGCGAGAAACCGUUCAGGUGCGCCACGUGUGGGAGAAGUUUCAGACAAGCUGACAAUCUUAAAACUCACCAGCAAACACACUCUGAAAACAAAAAGAAACACUUCUGCGAUAAAUGUGGGAAGGGCUUUGCUUCUACACAAAAACUAAAAGGCCACACGUGCGUAUAUGUUGUAUAUGUUGUAUAGGUGUGCUGCAAACUGGGCGGAGGCCCUUUCACUUGACGCAUAUUGUACAGCAGCAGCAGUAAAAUGACACUGGAAAGAGAAGGCAUUAGCAUACGAUGACAAGUAUGCUAAUAUUUCCUGAAAAAAGCCCAUGUUUUUUGUGUCAAAAAAAGGAAAUGGAUUUGCACAACCCAUGUUUGAAUGAAACAUUUUCGUUAUGGUUUUUUUCCUUAGCAAAUUAAGCUCAGAAGUUAUUUGUAGUUUCAACUUUGUUGACUAGGACAGACUUAUGAAUGUUUGUCACUGAGUUGAAUAUUUUUUGCAUGAAGUUACUGUUAACAAUAGUCAUCUUUUAAAAUGACAUAGCCCAACACCUCCAUAUUUUAUGCCAACAGUUCAUAUCAUAUAAUUUGGUAUGAAGUGUAAUGGCUACAUUUAAGAUGGCAUUUUUGUAUGUGCAGGUUGGUUGGUCUGUACAGGCAGUGUUGUAGACUGGUAUACCAUUAAACUGUCGCGCUUGGUU